UCUCAUCGUUGACAUUGAUUGCUCUUUGACAUUCUUUUGUAUUUGGCGCUUUUUUAUCGAGCACUUGACUCUUGAUUUUGUCCCGCUUCAAGAUACCCAUCCAUCUUCAACAUGCUUCUAAUGUUGAGAUACACACUUCCAGCGCUAGCCUCUCUGUUGAUGGCCAAUUCAGCAGUGGCUGCGGUCAUUGGGAACGCGCCUCACAAGAGAGCUGCCUGCGAUGGUAACACAGCGGACGACCGUGGCAGUUGGUGCGAUUACUCGAUCGACACUAACUGGUACGAUGAAGCCCCUGACACUGGCGUCACCCGUGAGUACUGGCUAGAGCUUGUUGAGACCGAAGUCGCUCCAGAUGGUUUCACUCGAACAGCCAUGACAGUGAACGGCACCAUUCCAGGUCCAACCAUUACAGCUGACUGGGGAGACGAGCUCGUCAUCCAUGUGAUCAACAAUCUUAGCAUUAACGGGACAUCUAUCCACUGGCACGGACUUCGACAGAAUUACACCAACCCCAAUGACGGCGUCGUAUCGGUCACACAGUGCGCUCAAGCGCCCGGAGAUUCCUUCACUUAUCGUAUGCGAGCUACCCAGUACGGCACCACUUGGUACCAUUCCCAUUUCUCGCUCCAAGCCUGGGAAGGAGUUUUUGGCAGCAUCAUCAUCAACGGUCCGGCCACCGCCAACUACGAUGUGGACGCCGGGCCAAUCAUCAUUGCUGACUGGUUCCACGAGACGGUCUAUUCUUUGCAACAGCAGGCUGCCACGGGGGCUAUACCAACCCCCGACAACGGUCUCAUUAACGGUACCAAUGUGUUCGGUGACGACGGUGCCGACAAUCAGACCGGUUCACGCUUCGAGCUCGACUUCGAGCCCGGGACCUCGUACCGGCUGCGCCUGAUCAACGUUGCCAUCGACAGCUUCUGGAAGUUCAUGAUUGAUAACCAUACUUUGACCGUCAUUGCAAUCGAUCUUGUCCCAAUCGAACCAUUCACCACAAACAUCGUGAGUAUCGGUAUCGCCCAACGGGUCGAUAUCAUCGUGAAUGCAGACCAAAGCGACGUCGCCAGCGACUUCUGGCUACGCUUCAUCCCUCAGUCGGCCUGCUCGGCGAACGACAUGGCCGACAAUAUCAGAGGUAUCGUCCAUUAUAGCGGUUCUACAGGGACCCCGACCACGAGCGAGUAUGACUUCGAUGAUGACUGUCUUGACUUCGACAUGAGCCUCCUCGUCCCGCACGUUGCUCUUGACGUGCCCGCGGCUCACUUCUACGAGGAGAAGGAGGAUGUCGGUUUGUCUUUUGCCGACGAUGGUACCAUCAAGUGGACGAUCAACGAUUCUUCGCUCAUGGUGCAAUGGGGCGACCCUACGGUGCUGCAAAUCCUCAAUAACGACACCGACUUCGAUACAUCACAGAACCUUAUUCGACUCGACGAGGCCAACGAGUGGGCGUACAUCAUCAUCGAGACGACUCUCGGCGUUGCUCACCCGAUCCACGUCCACGGUCAUGAUUUCUAUCUUUUGGCCCAGGGUGAUGGUCUCUAUAAUAGCAGCGAGACUUCACUCCAGUUAACCAAUCCUCCGCGUCGUGACACUGCCAUGCUUCCCGCCAGCGGUCAUUUGGUCCUCGCAUGGGUCACUGACAACCCAGGUGCUUGGCUUGUGCACUGCCACAUUGGAUGGCACACGGUGGGCGGCCUCGCGUUCCAAUUCGCCGAGCGCAUCAGUGAGAUUCCAUCUAUUUUGGAUGCAGAUAGCAUCGAGGGAACGUGUAGCAAUUGGAAUGCAUUUGCGGACGAGAAUGGCAUUGUGGUUGAUGACUCGGGUGUAUAAGCAUUGCAGAUGUUAACGUCUGGUUAUGUGGGGCCUCUGCCGCGAUUACGCUUACGGUCGAUGAGGCUGGAUGAGUAGGUUUGAGUCGGACAAAAGCAGUGUUGUUCUCCCGGAGCUCAGGUCAUGUGAUCGGCCUAUAGUGAGGCCGCCUUAGCUACCAAGAUCGUUUGUUUAAGACGUAUCUCAGUAUCUCUUUCA